AGAAGAAGAAGAAGAAGAAGAAGAAGACCAUUCCGAGGACGAAACGGGUCAUUUUCCUCUUGGCUUGCAAAUCGUUGGCUUCAAAAUUCCCCUAAACAUCAUCAUUCUCUCUCUACUUUCUCUCUCUAACCUCCAUGAAAGUGAUGAUGGUCACGUCUUACCUUCCGAUGCCCUUUCUUCAAUCCAACUCUUCUUCUUUUUCGUAGACCCAAAUCAAUGUUUCAAACAGCGUUAACGAAAUCGAAGACCGAUUCCUUUUUGCUCACCAAAUUUUAGUUUACUUUUAUUGGGUUUUGGGGUUUGUUUUAAAAUGACAGACGUAGUACUCCAACGCUCCCCAUCUCACUUCCCUUCACCUUCAAGCUCUUCCACUACCAAUGAUGGUCCGCACCCACAUUCCCUUAUUACCACUCCUAACAUAAACCACUGCCUUCAAUUUCAUUUGGGUUCUGAGGAAGAACGAGAAGAAAGGGAAGACAGUGACGGAGAGGGAGAUCAGCUGUCUCUGUUGACCCUUUUGCUCGCUGCUUUUAGGAAGUCUUUAAUUGGGUGUAGAAGUGCUAGUAGUGGAACUGGUAGAGCUGCGGGGAAGCUAUCUUCAAUGGAGAUUGGAUGGCCUUCUGAUGUUAGGCAUGUGGCUCAUGUCACUUUUGAUCGCUUCAAUGGCUUCCUUGGCUUGCCUGUUGAGUUUGAGCUUGAGGUACCUAGAAGAGCUCCUAGUGCAAGCGCAAAUGUGUUCGGUGUUUCCACAGAGUCAAUGCAGCUUUCCUUUGAUUCAAGAGGAAACAGUGUCCCCACGAUACUUCUGUUAAUGCAGAAACAUUUGUACACACAAGGAGGCCUGGAGGCAGAAGGAAUUUUCAGGAUUACUGCUGGGAACAGCCAAGAGGAAUUCGUUCGGGACGAGUUGAAUCGAGGUGUCGUGCCAGAUGGUGUUGAUGUGCACUGCUUGGCAGGUCUCAUCAAGGCUUGGUUUCGAGAACUUCCAACGGGUGUGUUGGAUUCCCUCGCACCAGAACAAGUGAUUGAGGCGCAGACCGAAGAAGAAUGUGCUGAGCUAGCAACACUCCUUCCCCCUACAGAAGCUGCGCUUCUCGAUUGGGCAGUAAACUUAAUGGCUGAUGUCGUGCAGUUUGAACAUCAGAACAAGAUGAAUGCCCGUAAUGUCGCCAUGGUUUUUGCCCCCAAUAUGACUCAAAUGACAGAUCCAUUAACAGCCUUGAUGUAUGCAGUGAAAGUGAUGAACUUUCUCAAGACUCUCAUUGAGCUGACACUGAAGAACAGAGAAGAUUUGGUUGUUGAGUCAGCUCCCAUUUUGCGCAUAAAUCCAUCAGAUGAAGACGGGCAUCAAACUGCAUCACAAUUGCAUCAAGACGAACAAAAUGAGCCCAAGAAUGAAGAAGCUGAAGAUGAACAAGUAUUUGUAACUGAAGAACCUGCUCCUGAAAAUGGAUCACAAAAUCUUCUGUCAUCCAUUGAAAACAUCAUUCCAGAGGGAAGCCAUUCACUAGCGAACAACUCUCCCUGCGAAAUCGUAUCGGAAAUCACCGAAGAACAGGAGAGUUGUCGAAAGAAUAGCCUCGAUCGAUCGAACAGUUUGAAUCUGAAGAAAGGCAGCAAGAAAGUGAAUGGGUCAGUGAAGGUUCACACAGCAGGUACUGCACAGAGGGGCAAGAAGAAUGGCAUUGUCGGGCGGUUGAACUCGAGGACGGAGCUAGCCGAAGCGUGGCGUUGAACGAACCGAACCGAACGGUAUUACACGCAUCAUGUACGGUGUUCUCUCUAUUUCUUUCCUUUUGAUUUUAUUGCUGCUCAGAUGGUGUGUAUGAGUUUAUCUAUACAUUCAAAUGUGCUUCUGGUUGCACUUCAAUUAGCUUGGAUUUAAUUUUAAGGGGAAAAAAUUAAUUUAUAUC